GAGAAGCGCUGACUGCCUGCCCAACUUCGCCAGGAAAAAACCUGGAACCUUUCUACUUCAAUAAAUACGGGCAGCGCUUGGGGCGCGCUCUCCCUCCAGAGCCCAUCCUUUCUCACCAGCACCGUAAGCAAGCCACCCCAUGUUCUUCUCCAGCCCAAAUCUACCUACUUGGGUAGGCUGUAGGCACCCUGUCCUUGAAAUCAUGUUGACGGAGAAGCAUGACUGCGCCCAUGAUGGCCGAAUCUCGGUUUCGCUCAGAGCAAUACACGUCCGAGGAAUUCGUCGAGAGCGUCGGCGCGGUCCUCCUCCGUCUCUCGUCGCGGGAGGACUGUGUCCUCCACCUCCUCAAGAGCGAUGAGUAUGUCCUGGCCAAAGGACGGCGCAACUGCGGAGAGACUCGCCAAGCAACGGCCGUGCUUGAAGUCAUGGAGGAAACGGGACACACCUGCCGCCUUCUCCCCGUCAAUAUGUACACUCGAGCGCCGCCGGCAGUGGAAACGGAGCAGCUAGACGACCGGCCUCGCUUCUACACAAACAUUUGCGAGCCCUUCACCCUGCAAAUUCGCCGGCUCGGUGAAAACCAAGUCAAGCUCAUCUGGUGGUUUGUGGCCGCAGUGAACGCGGAUGUUCCACAGAAGGACACGCUAGAGGGUGAGAGAUUCGCAGCUGAGUUCUACAGCUACGAUGCUGUUUUGGAGAAGAUGACUUUCCGGAUGGAUCGCGAGAUGGUCAAGAAAGCCAUCGAACUGGUGGAGAACACAUACACGAAAUGAACG